CAAUGGAACACGGAGGACCCCGUUACCAGACGAGACAGCGUUUCGGUGGAUCGUCGUCGAAAUCCAGGAAGAGAUUAUCUGGCCAAUGCUGGGUGUCUAAGGCCUUUGAAACGCAUAGAAGACAAAGAUCUCUUGGUGGAGGAUAUCAUGUUUCAGUUGGUUCAUCGAGUUAGUGGAGCACUUCAAAGGUUCAGGGAGGGGAUGAAGACCCUUAGUGUUCUUGAUGCAAUAAGAAUGCACCCAGAUGCUUUCAGACCGCUGUUUUGUCACGAGCCAUCCCCACUCACAGCUGAUGUACUAGAACAGCUCUUUGAAAUUCGACUGUCAGCAGUGGGCAGGAACAAAAGAAGGGCAGAGGAAUGUGUGGUUGCAUUUUGGAGGGACUACCUGCUGGAUGUUGAGGAGCAAGAGGGACCCUUGCAACUUGGGGGUAUCCUGGCCUUUGCGACGGGAGCAAACGAUAUUCCACCCCUGGCCUUCUCCCCACUACCUUCAGGGGUUUUUCUCCAUGAGCUGCCCCUCAGACAAGGCCGUCAUUUACCCACCGCAAACACAUGCAUUAACUGCUUCAAGUUGACAGUCCUGAAAAAAUUCGAGGAUUUUAAGGAUUUUGCAUUAAAAAACACCCAGGGAUUUGUUCAGGAAUGACUUCCAAGAACUCCUUAAUAUACAUUAUUAAAAUCUGUUGCCUUUUGAACUUGACUAAAUUGAAGAGGCAUCGUUGUCAAUAACUCACCAUUUCCUAAUACAUUAUUAAUGUCUUGUUUAAACAAUUGAAAAUGGAAUAAUCAUUUGACUUAAAAGGAAACUUUUCACUGGCCUUUUAUUAACCUUUAUUAAUUGCCUUGACACUAAUGAAGUUGCUCACUGAUAGAGUUCACUAGGCUCAAAAAUAAUUGAAUGCCAUGGUUACACACACACUACUAUACUCUCUCACAUACACAACUAUACCCUCUCAUACAUACAUGUAAAAGGAUUAUAAUAGUGUGUGUGUAUGAGUAUAGUGGUGUAUAUGCAAGAUUAUGAUAGUGUGUGUAAGACAGAAGUAUGAAUUACCUCCUAUACGGCCUCUCAUACAUAUGUCUGUGUUAUCAGUCACACAGAGUGGCCACUGUCUCCCCUGGUGAUGGACUGUUGUGCCAGUCUGUUGCAGCAGCUCACAACACGUCUGUCAGUACUGGGCUGGAAAGUAAGAAAGAGUUGUGUUGUUGUUUAUUCAACCUUUCCUUUCCCCACCUUCCUUCUUCCAAUCGUUGUUUCCUCUUUCCUCUAUCCCCCCUGUGUAACUGUGUUUUUUAUUCAAUUUUCCAUCCAUUUUUCUCUUUCCUUUUUCCCUAUCCCUCACGUAUUUUCUUUCUCACGUGCUUUCCUUCCUUUGCUUCUCUGGUGCCCUCUUCUUUCCAUUAACCUUUUCCUCCCUCCUUGUUUUUGUACCUACAUUUUUUUCCUCCUUUCUCCGUCUUUGUCUUCCUUUCCUUCCUUGCUUCGGUGAGUCCAACCUGGUUUCAUGUUCUUUCAGUAAUCCUCUUCCAUUACCUUUCACAUUUCCUUCCACCCCUCUUCCAUCUCCCUGCCUAUCUUGUGCACUUUUUAUUUUCUUUUCUUCCUUUUCCUCUUCCUUACUAGACUUUUCUCUAUCUUUUCUCUUUUUUAUUUCUACUCAUCUGUAGGGGGAAAAUGUUGCUGGGAAUUGCAGAGGUAUGAAAGGAAUGAACAAUAAUUGUAUUGAAAUGGAGGACCACAUUCAUGCAGUGAAAAAGAGGAAGAUCAUCCUCAGGCACAAAUAAGGCAUAUUGGAAAUUAGUUUUUCAGGAAUUUUCCAUGAACUAAAGCACUAACAGUAAUAGACGUGUGAGAUAAUGGCUGCAGUUGUCUUAACCUCAGCCUCCACACAUAGGACCUUAUAUUCAAUGAUAAAUUAACCCAGAGAAACAAAAACAAAAGUUGUGGACCAUUACACAGACCGAUAUUUGACCUGUAUAUCUGCAGAUGAGAAUGUGAUUGCUUUUGGGAGAGUGAGACACACUACACUACAGAUAGUAAUUGCAACCUGGCAAUAGAUGGGGAAUAAAGAGAGAGAGAAGGAAUCACGGUUUAAGGUCAGAGGGACACAUGUUUAAAAAGCUCCAAGCUGUGUGUGCUUGGCUGCCAGAAGGAUGCUGAGCUCUGCCCGGCCCGUAUCGGAGCAAUACGGACCUCCUGGAACUGUGUGCAUUGCAGAAUAUGUGCCUCCCCUCUGUCGUCCCACUGGUUGCUAUUUUUUUUAAAUUUUCACUCUUGCAUUCUCACCGUUCGUUUAGCUUAUUACCGUAUUCAAAUUAUUUGUAAUGCUUACAAUUUGAAUUUGCAAAUGUGAUCAGAGAAGAAAACAUACGACAAGUAAUUUUAAAUUUGAGUUGUGAAUGCAAAGUACACUAUCUGCUCUGCCUACUUAGCCACUGGGACACCCAAGGCCUGUCAAACCCUUUGCCUUUUACUGCUCUUUAUGGUUCUCGUUCUCUUUGUCCAUUUGUAUGUUCUUCUCUCAGCAGAAUUGUAAUUGGUAUAAGAGUUUAUGGAGGACAGGCAGGUCCCACAGAACGGCCAGUCCUCUGUGUGAGUCUAAUUAAACACUGCUUUCUCAUUCUUCUGAGCCCUCUUUCUUCCUCUCUUCCCUCUUACAUCCCUGUGAUGCACAGUGGGCUCGUUAAUUACUCUGGAGUUUCCAGAUCAGCAUGCUCUGUCUUAACGUCAUCCAGUGUAGGAACAUCCUGUACAAGCACUUAUGGAACUGUAUACAGUAGCACUGACGCUCUGUUUGCAUUACUAGUAAUGAAAGGCAGCUGACUGAGCUGUUGCACAUGUUUGUUUUUUACUCUAGCCAGAUGGUUCUCUUGCAUUUUCCUAUAAGGGAGCGUGAGUGUGUGCCACUUUGAUGUUAAGUGUGUAUCACAAAGGUGCAGUCACCAUUCCCUGUUCUUCUCUUAGAUCGAGAUAAAAGGGCACAGCAUCUCUCAUCUCAAACUGAUAUCUGACAACCAGAAAGGAAAGACAUUGCGUGAUGUUACAUGAUGUUCUAUAAGCAUGAUGUUGUAACUAUGUCAUGUAAGAUGUGUCUUGCCAUUAUGUGCGGUCUUAGGAUAGGUCAGUGACCUUAUGCAAGCAGUAAAAAGAACAAAUCCUA